UCCUAAAGUCAAAUGUGACUGGCUGCCAUAGCAGACAGAGCUCAGUGGGCGAUGGCUGGGUGUUUCUGGGAUGGCAUCACCAUCCGCGUCAUCCGGUCGACUGGCCCUAUCAUCCUCGCAAUCAAUGAGGAUGGGCCGACUUGCAGAGCCCAGCAUAGAAUAGUCUUGCGGCCUUUCAAUAGAGGGUCGACAUUUGUGUCCGAAACCUUUUCGCCAUUCACGGGUAGGGAUUGUCAUUAUCGAGGUACAAGGUGAUGUGGGAAGCAGCCCUCAGAUGUGGAAAGUGGAAGUUGCAUGCUAGUUUAUCGAGGACUCGGAGGCUGGACUCCUUAUAUACCCUUCUGGCCCCCUUCCAAUCCAGCAUGAUAUGGCAUGGUUGCAGUCACUGUUACUCGUACUGCGCAUCAGCAGGGACAUCCAACAAGCAGCAAUUGGCCAG